GCCAAGUAGUGAGUUGUUUUAAGCCAAGCUUUUUAUUUUUUUUAUCAAGAUGAUUAUACACUCUCAUUAAGCAAAACUCAAAACUCAUUCAUGAUGAGUCCUCUGCAACUGAUAAUCUGUAUGUUCAUACUUCUCCCACCAUCACUACUCUCCGCGGCUCUAUAUGCCAAACCGGGAUGCCGGGACCGCUGUGGGGAUUUACUGGUUCCAUAUCCAUUUGGAUUUGGGCCAAAUUGCAGUCUCAACCCAUAUUUUGACAUCAACUGCGAUUCUUCCACAAAUCCUCCAAAAGCUUACCUCUCUAUUAUGAAGAAACAAGUGAUUGAAUUCAAUCAAACUUACAUUCGCCUCAAAGACCCCUACAUGAUUUCAGCUUGCUAUGAUCAGGAUCUGUCAACGGGCAAUCAACACAGUAUGACAAUGAACCUGUCGGGAACUCCCUAUAUGCUUUCGGGUAGAAGCGUGCUCACUGCCAUCGGGUGUGAUGAUAUGGUGCUGCAAUCCCAAGGAAACUCCGUCCUUGGCGGCUGCUCGGCGUUUUGUGCUGACAAGAAUGAUACCGCCUUCGGAGAUUGCCACUUCCAUGGUUGUUGCCAUCAAGAACUACCCACCGGAACAAAAUUCGUGGAAGCAAAACUGAUUGACUUGAGCGGAAGUUCGCAACGUAAAAAGCUUUUCCCAUGCAGCUAUGCCUUUAUCCAGGAGACAUAUUGGAAUGAAACUGUAUUUUCAUAUCCUUUGUACUAUCUGAAUAGCUCAACGGCAUUGGUAAAUGAUAAUUGGGCAUCUGCAACAAGGCCACCGGUAGUGCGCUUGGACUGGGUUGCUGGGGCUGAGAGCUGCAGUCAAGCUAAGAAUUCCAACACGACUUACGCAUGUCUAGACGAAAAGAGUGUUUGUGCUGAUUAUCAAGAUUCCUAUCCCUAUGUUGUUACAGGAGUGGGAUACACAUGUAGCUGCGUGCAAGGGUACGAGGGAAAUCCGUACAUACGAGGAGGAUGCCAGACAAUAAUUUCCUCUUCAAGUUCAAUUGCCAAACCUGGAUGCAUGGAUCAAUGUGGAAAAGUAUCAAUUCCAUUUCCAUUUGGUGUGGGUCCAAAUUGCUACUUGGAGCCAUCUUUUGAGGUUGUCUGCAACAACGACACCAACCCCGCCACACCCUUCCUCAGUCUUUUGAACACUAAAAUCGUUGAGCUGAACUCAUCAAAAAUGGUCGUCAAAUACAUGAACGUAUCUUCAAAUUGCUACAGUGGGCCAGACUAUCAAGCUGAGCCAAGAUUAACAAUUGACUUGUUGAAAACGCAAUAUAGAUUAUCAGAUGACAACUGGAUCAACGCCGUUGGCUGCAAUGUUAUGGUUGUCGGGGUUAUUGGAGAAGACAAACGAAGUUCUAUUCGCAGCAGCUGCGCAGCCAUUUGCUCCGACAGUCAGAUCUAUGAUGACGGUAGUGUUUUCAUAGGAUGCGACUAUGGAAUAACAUCUUUUGCAGGUGAGGGUUGUUGCAGACUACCAAUUCCAAGAGGUACAACUUACCUUGAAUCAAGUAUGACUGAUCUUAGUGAACCACGGACAAGUGUCAAUAUUUCUUGUAGCUACGCCUUCACUGCAUACGCUGAAAGAAUGAAUGCAAAUGAUCGUCAUAAUAUAGGAUCAUCCCUUACGAAUAACUCAAAUAGGAUAGAAGUCAGAGAUCAGCCGAGCAUGGCAUUGGAUUGGAGGAUCGGAGCGAUGAAUUGCAAAGAAGCGCAGCAAGAUAUCGCUAACUUCGUAUGUCGAGAUAAUAGUGAUUGUGUUGAUUUUAAUGCUACGCUUGGAGGGUACCUCUGCAACUGCUCCAAAGGAUACACAGGCAAUCCUUACCUCAAUCCAGGCUGCCUAGAUAUUGAUGAAUGCGCUGAUAAUUCAACUAAUACAUGCGUCUCAAAUUCAAUUUGCCAAAAUGGUCCGGGGACGUUUCGCUGCUCGUGUCCAAAAGGGUAUAUUGGUGAUGGGAAAAAGGAUGGCACAGGUUGCAUUCCACAGCCUCCAUCCAAAACCAAGACGAUUAUCUUGACAGGUAUAGGCUCUGGUAUGGGGUUUCUGCUUCUAGUCUUAGUGUUCUUUUGGUUGUAUAAAUUGUUGCGAAAGAGAAAGGAAAGAAUGGUAAAAGACAAAUUCUUCAAACGAAAUGGUGGCCUUCUCUUGCAACAACAGACGAAUGAAGGUGCACUUGGAAAAACAAAAGUUUUCCCUGCAAAAGAGUUGGAGGUGGCUACGGAUAACUUCAAUGAGAGCAGAAUUAUUGGACAAGGAGGUCAAGGCACCGUCUAUAAAGGAAUGUUAUAUGAUGGUAAGAUUGUUGCGAUAAAAAAAUCAAAGUUGGUGGAGGUGAAUCAGUUGGAACAGUUUAUAAAUGAAGUGGUGAUACUAUCGCAAAUAAAUCAUAGGAAUGUGGUCAAACUAUUAGGGUGUUGUUUGGAGACUGAGGCUCCUCUACUUGUUUAUGAAUUCAUGCCAAACGGCACACUUUUUGAUCUUAUUCAUGAUCCAAGUAGUGAAUUUCCAUGUACAUGGAACAUUCGUUUGAAAAUUGCAGCAGAUAUAGCAGGGGCGGUAGCGUAUUUACACUCUGCAUCUUCUGUGCCUAUCUAUCACAGGGAUAUCAAGUCUAGUAAUAUCCUUCUAGACGAAAAAUAUGUUGUCAAAGUAUCAGAUUUUGGAACAUCGAGGUCCGUUGCUACAGAUCAGACUCACUUAACUACUCUGGUUAAAGGGACGUUUGGAUAUUUAGAUCCAGAAUAUUUUCGGUCCAGUCAAUUCACAGAGAAGAGUGAUGUUUAUAGUUUCGGGGUAGUUCUUGUCGAGCUUCUUACUGGGCAAAGGCCAAUAUCUCUUGAUAAAACAGAAGAAGAGAGAGGCCUAGCGACACGGUUUCUUGUAUGCAUGGAAGAAGAAUCUAUGGAUACAAUUUUAGAUUCACAAGUUCGGGAGCAAGGAAGAAAUGAAGAGGUGACCCUAGUUGCAAAGCUUGCUCAAAGAUGUUUACACUCGAAAGGGAGAAUGAGACCAACUAUGAAAGAAGUUGCUACUGAAUUGGAAAGUUUUAGGAUGUCUGAAAUGUCGAGUGGUGUAAACGUUGAAUCAGAAGACGUGGGAUCUUUCGAAGAUAUGUCCACGAUGAUUUCAGACACUGAGUGCACAUGGACGAGUAGUUAUAAUGAUGCUUCUGCAUCAUCAUUAGACACACAUCCGUUAAUGUUAUUUGAAAGUACGUCAAUAUAAACGCAUUUAUAGUAGACUCAAAUCAGAUGAUCAAGACUUUAUUCUAUGUCAUCUCUGAGAUUGAAGAUUGGAAUGUUAAGGAAUCGCUUUACAAUUGUUUUAAGUUUUUCUGUCACAUGAUGUGGAUAUUUUGAUU